CACACACAGACAUACACACGCCCAUAGCACAACAAUGCACACAUGCAUUCUCUUUGGAUGAACUAGAUGGCAGAGGCAGCUGCGACUGUGAGAAGUGAAAGAGAUGGUUGUGAAAUGCUUUGAUGCUGGACUGCUUCUAACACUGUUCCUGUCUGUUGACCUCUCUGUAUCCUGGGAUGUCCACUUGCCACACGGCCCACUCCAUGCAACACCCAACUCCUCCAUAGUUCUCCCUUGCUCCUAUGACUUUCCGGAAAGAGGCCGUUACAAGGUGACCUCAGAGAUGUGGUGCUUGGGCCAGAGUCAUUGCAUCACACAGAGGUACAUAUACCACAGUGCCGGGAUCUUUCUGGAGCCAGCGUACCUGGGCAGAGUGGAGUACCUGGGCAGCCUGGGAAGUGGAAACUGCUCCCUACGGAUCUCGGCACUCAGAGCGUCUGACAGUGGUGUCUAUGUGUUUCGUUUCAUCACAGACCAUCCAUUGGCCAAGCUUCCCGGUCAGAAGGGGAUUGAACUUGAAAUAACAGAAAACACCCAGGCAUCCAGGGGGAGCCAUGUGGGGUGGAUACUUGGCCUUCUGAUAGCAACGACAGUGGGUGCAGUGGCAGUGUUUUACUGUAUGAGAAGGACCCGCCAAAGAUCACAUCAGGCAGUGAGCUUAAACAUGACAUGAAUAAAGCCUGAAAGAGGUGUUGAAGCGAUAUCAACACCUUCAUCUAAAAGAAUUCAUAAAGAUGACAAGAUGCGGUGAAAAUGACAUCUUUAUAGACUGCGGAACCAUUGUACAUCAGUGCAAUGCUUCAGAGAUACAGUAUAAGCCAUCAUUCCCUUUCAGUUGUCCUGCUGAUAUAUGACAUUGAUAUGUACACAUUUGUAGUAUUUAUUAAAACUAUUCCAACUUAUUGUUCAAUCGAGUUCAAUAUUACCACAAACAUUAACUUUACUUCUCAGCACUGAACAAAAUGCACAGCCGUGAGACUCUGAUGAUAUGUGUUUGCAUACAGAAAUAAAUUUCAUUUAUUUGUUCCUGGAUGCUCUAGGUAAAUUGGCAUCCUAAAGCGUGUGUAAUUAUCUAUGGGCUGCAAUCGGAUUGGGACUCAAUACAAUGUAAUACCUAGAGUUGCCUUGGUGACCUUGUUUUUUUCCUGCCCCUGUCACUUUAAUGUUUGCUCUAAAGGGAUCAAGGACAAAGUUCAAGCUGGGUCCUACAAAGCACUUUGAGACAUAUCCUUAUGUUAUUGUAGCCUGGUAAACUAAACUCAUUCACAAAGUGAAUAGAGUCCGGUCACUCCUAAUUGGGAAACCUUUCACACACUCACAUGGGCGUAGACUUUGUGCUAACUUUAAAAUCAUUGGUCCAGCCUCACCAGUCACAUUGAUAAGGGAUUCAUAACAUUACUUCUACUUCGCAUAAGCCUUACAAACUGAUAAUAAACAACAUUGGCAGUCAGGAAACAAUGUAUGUUGGCCUAACUUUGCUGUAAAUAAAUCUACACAUUCUUCUGACUGCAAUUUUUGAUGUCUGCAUUUGCAUUACGUUGGAGUUGGUACAGUACUGCCGUUUACCUCAGCCACUUUCGAUUGUGAAACUAUAGCAUCAUCCCCUUUCGUCACUGAUUGGGCAGGUAAUCUGCUGACCGAUGGAAAUGUUAGUGAAUUAUGGUGUUCCAGACUAGUAUGUCUCUGAAAGGAGAUCUAGGUGGGUGUGGUAAUGUUAUUGUGCUAUAUUAAUAAAAAUGAAAGUAUAACUGAA